CAUACCCCUGUUCCCAAACCCCCAAAAAAAGUUCCCCUACGUCUGGCUCUCUCACCCGCCCCACAACAUAGUUUCCUGUGCCAACUACUGCACCUAAUCCCGUCUUACCCUCCCACUCGAAGAGCCAACCCCUUCCCUAACCUUUCCGUCUGUACUCCAAAAGCCCUUUCCGUCUCUCUCAGCCGGUGAAUCUGGCGAAGCCAUCGCCCGCUCCCCCUCUCUCUCUUUCUUUUUGGAUCCGAUAACCAGCUCCCCCCCCAAAAAAACCAAAAAACUUUAAUUUCUAACAUUGUGUAGUAUUUUAUUUAUGCAAGACCAGAAAAAAAGAAAAAGAAUAUAAACAGAAACUUGAGUCUCUUCUUCCCCGUUUCCAUCUCUUCUUCCUCCUCGCUUAUUAGAGCCAGGGAGAGACAGGGAUCCAAAAAUAAAGGGGGCAAUGUUAUGAGUAACGUGUAAGUAAAAUAAUUAAUAAUAACAGUUAGAUAAUCUAAUAAGUAGAAAUAUAAUAUAUGAAGCUGCAAUAGGGUCUUCUUGGAUCGAUCGGAACCGAAACCGAGACGCGCGACACCGAGCCCGGGCUUGAUCCGAUCGAUGAGGCUUAUCGCCGCCACCGCUGACCGGUAUAAACGAUCGACGGGCCGCCGCCAGAUCCUCCGCCGCUGCCUAUGUCCGCUUCCUCCUCCUCCUCCAUCGUCGCCGGCCGCCGCGACCUCCGCUUCCCAGCGCCGUGCCCCCACCUCGCCGACUGCCGAUCCAAUGCCCAUGGCCGCGCGAAGCACUUCCGCUCCCUCCAGCGCUGUCUCCGCGUCCGCCCCAUCGGCCGCCCCGAGAUUCGUCGCGACCCCCACGAGAUCCCCCGCUGCGGCUUCUGCUCCUCCUCGUCCGCCGGCGGCGGCGGAAUGGAGCCGAGGCUGUAUGCCUGCCUCGCCUGCGCCGCCAUCUGCUGCCCCGCCCACGCGCCGGCCCACGCCGAGGAGUGCCGGCCGGGGCACGAGAUCGCCGUCGACGUCGACCGCGCGGAGCUGUUCUGCUGCGCGUGCGGCGACCAGGUCUACGAUAGCGAGUUCGAUAAGGCCGUGGUUCUCGCCCAGGCCACCGCCGCCGCCCACGCCUCCGCCUCCUGCUCGCGGCUGGAGAGCCUAAGGAAGCGGCGGAGGGUGGACCACCGGCUGUGGACGGCGGAUCCGGGGGAGGGGGCGGCGAUGCGGCGGGGAUCGAGCCCGCUUCUCUUCCCGGACUCCGAUCCCUCCUCCGCAGGCGCCGCCAACACCUCCACGUUGUCUCCUUCUUCCCCGCCGCGGGGGUUGAGGGGAUUGAACAAUCUCGGGAGCACGUGCUUCAUGAACUCGGUUCUCCAAGUGCUGCUCCACAUGCCGCCUUUCCGGAACUACUUCUUGAGCGAUCGGCACGAUCGGUUCGUUUGCCAGCAGAAGGGACGAAAGAAGAAGGGCGCCAAUGCUGGCAGCAGGGGAGGGGAUCGCCGGAACCCAUUGGGUGGGUCGCCGGAUUGCUUGGCUUGCGAUCUUGAUACACUGUACUCCGCCGUCUUUUCCGGGGAUCGGACGCCCUACAGUCCCGCCAAGUUUCUCUAUAGUUGGUGGCAACAUGCAUCAAACCUGGCAAGCUAUGAACAACAGGAUGCACAUGAAUUUUUCAUCUCUAUGCUUGAUGGCAUCCAUGGAAACUUGGAGCAUGACCAACACAAACCUCAAAGCCAAGGCUAUGGAGACUGUUGCAUUGCUCACAAGGUGUUCUCUGGUGUCUUGAGAUCUGAUGUGAUUUGUACCAUUUGUGGCUUCACAUCUACCACAUAUGACCCAUGUUUGGACAUCUCUUUAGACUUGGAUUCUAGCCACAAUUCUGUGAAUGUGCCCCCUGUGAAAUCACAUGGACGCAACGGAGAGAACGAUUUAUUAUUAUCCAGCCAAACUUGUGGAGUUUCUACACUCAUGGGAUGUUUGGAGCGCUUCACAAGGCCUGAGAGAUUAGAUUCUGAUCAAAAAUUCUUCUGUCAACACUGCAAAAUAAGGCAAGAAUCACUGAAACAGAUGUCCAUAAGGAAGCUCCCAUUAGUUACUUGCUUUCAUAUAAAAAGGUUCGAGCAUUCAUCAAUCAAGAAGAUGUCAAGAAAGGUUGACCGCUAUUUGCAUUUUCCAUUUUCUCUUGAUAUGGCACCUUAUCUAUCAUCCUCUGUCCUGAGAAGCAGAUUUGGCAACCGUAUAUUUGCUCUUGAUGGUGAAAUUUCUGAUGCAGCUACUGAGCUAGCUUCAGAGUUUGAAUUAUUUGCAGUGAUUGCACACAGUGGUAGACUAGAGGCUGGCCAUUACAUAACCUAUCUGCGGCCAAGUAAUCAAUGGUAUAGAUGUGAUGAUGCAUGGAUUACUCAUGUCAGUGAAAAUAUUGUGAGGGCAUCGCAGGCAUAUAUGCUGUUCUACAUACGGAAAACUUUUUACUGUAAGGCAAGUGAAAAUGCGAGUGCCUCGUGACUUGGGAUGGUGGUCGAUAAGAAGCUCUAGCUGAAACUGGAGUGGAUCGAACUUCUCAACCCUCUGCAUUCUGGAUCACCUAUUGUUCUGAUUUAAAGACAAGUUUGAGCAAUUUUGUGCGGUGAAACCAAUACAUGUGUUAUUGGUUGGAUCUGAUGGUUUCUUUCUAACCAAUGAAUUAUUAAGCGUUGAUAAAGCAAAAGAGAAUGUGGGGCUAAAAGGGAACCUAAAUUUUUGACGUGUUCCUUUCAACAAUUGAAAAGCUUCUUUCUGAAGUUUGUCAAGUUUUGAGAAGAGGGAAGUGGGCAGAAGAUUGUUAAGGGAUGAUGAUAUGGGUGGUGAGGAGACAACACAUGGUAAGUGUAUGGGUGCAGCCAUGCAGAGGCUUUGCAAGUAUGGUAGACUUGUUGAAGAAUGGAUCCAGGUGUUUGUGGCCAACGGAAAAAGUAGCAUGUGUAGUGUCAUCAAGUGGAUCUGAGCAAGCCAAGCGGAACUUGUGGAGGGGUUCAGUUCUCUGAGGCCAAAGUAGCAGCAAUAUUAAGGGAGGAGCAUAUGGAUGCUGGGAGGUGGGACAGUACUAUUGGAGGAUUUGAUGCCACAUGAGGAUCUAGGGAGAAAUAGAGAAGGGUGCACCAUGAAUAGAACACAGCAUAUUUGCAGGGAAGCCACUGAUGGUGCAAGAAAGUGAAGGCAUUGCAUGGUUACAGAUGAUCCAUGACAAAUAAAAAGAGCGUGACAGCAAUUUCCAUGCUUUUGAAGCCUUAAAUUUGUCAUGAAGAUAAAUCUCAACUUUAGAUUUCAUUGACUGUAUAAAUAUUGUUCAGAAAAUAAAAUUGUUUGAGGCCUGCCUUGCCUUGCCUCACAACAGGAGGCAGGACCCCAAUUUGCCUUGAGGGUUAUAUGGAAGGCUAUGUAAAUAGGGGCCUACAUGUCACAUGGUGAGGCUCAUAUUAGAUGUUUCCUGUUGCCUUGUCUUAUGCCAUCUGUUAUUAGCCUUUGCUUAUUUUGUUAUUGGAGGGAUAAUCUUAUAUUGCACGACAGUGCAUGUAGAUUUAAUUGCCAAACUUAAUUAUGGUAAGCAAUCUGUCAUCCAUUUGAAUAUUGCACACAGUUUACAUCGAUAAUGAAGUUGCAAUCUGU